UCUGAUUGGUAUCUCAGAAUCCAAAGUCCAAACCUUCUUCUUUUUUAGUCUUUUGUUUCUGCUUUGAAAAAUUCUGUGAAAUCUGUUGACAACGUAAAUAAAUACAUAACCGGCAGCAGAACCAACCCAAACCGCAAUGGCUAUUUUGAACGUGAGUUUGAGAGGCACUGCUGCUUCUUCAUCAUCAUCCUCUCUGCCCUCUUGGCCACACCUGUCAAAUUCAGUCCCUUUCUCUCUCUCUAAGAAACCAGUGAUAGCCAAAUUUCCAAACACCACCAUACUAUCUCCACUUAAGCUUCGACUUCAAGCUUCUUUUGGAAAGAAAACCAGAGCUUCACUCUCUGCAAUUAUGGCAACUGGUGGACAAGAGGUUCUGCCACCAGCUCUCACUUCUACCUCAGACCCACCUCCACUCUUCGAUGGGAAAACAAGGUUGUAUAUAUCUUACCAAUGCCCAUAUGCACAGCGUGCGUGGAUUUCCCGGAACUGUAAGGGACUGGAGGAAAAGAUACAAUUGGUUUCUAUAGAUCUGCAAGACAGACCUGCUUGGUACAAGGAGAAAGUCUACCCACCUAACAAGGUGCCGUCGCUGGAACACAAUAACGAAGUCAAAGGAGAGAGUCUUGAUUUGAUUAGAUAUAUUGACAGUCACUUUGAAGGACCUUCACUGUUCCCUGAUGAUCCUGCAAAGAGAGAGUUUGCAGAAGAGUUGCUGUCCUACACAGACUCCUUCAAUAAAUCUGUGUUUGCUUCAUUUAAAGAGGACGGAACCGAGGCAGCUGAUGCUGCAUUUGACUAUAUUGAAACUGCUCUUUCCAAAUUUGAAGAUGGACCUUUCUUUCUUGGCACUUUCAGUCUGGUGGAUAUAGCUUAUGCUCCAUUCCUUGAAAGAUUUCAGCCUUUCUCACUGGAAGUGAAGAAGUAUGACAUCACUGCAGGCAGGCCUAAACUGGCAGCAUGGUUUGAGGAGAUGAACAAAAAUUUAGCUUACAAAAAAACCCGGCGUGAUCCCAAAGAGCUCGUUGAAAGCUACAAGAGACGCUUUUUGGCACAGAAAUGAAAUCAGCAUAACAAAGUUAGGAGUCGCUGCAAUUUCAAUUUGUCCACCUUCUUCAGAGAACCAAAUCAUGUAUUUAUUGAAUCGAAUCUUAACUUAGCUGAAUUGGUAAUUUCAGCUUUUAUUUUAUAUAAAUAAUUUGAACAAAACAGAACAUCCUUUGAAUAUAGGCAGAGGACAUCACAUGUGACCAUGUAAUCAGGGCCUUGGUUUACUUGACUUUCUGACUGUUUUACUAGAGAAAUAACCUUUGCUUUGAUUCUUAUCAACAUUUGUACAUCAAUUGCUA